UUCGCAAACACGCCUUAGCCCAUUGAAUUGAAACCUUUAGCUCUCUCCCCUCCAAACAAUCCUUUAUGUCCAGAUCCGUGAAUGAACCCUAACCCCCAAAUCGAUUAUGCUCCACAAUCGAAGGAGAAAAUGUUAGAAGUAAAGGAGCUUCAUCGAGCCAAACAUGAUGAAACUUUUCAGUUCAUGCUUCCCCUGAUGACGGGCUGCAAUUUGAAACUGAUGAAUAAUGGACCAGCAGCUUCCAUGCCUAUGACAAACCAGAUGCAUCAGUUCUGGAGAACGGCUCUACUCAUGCCAACGAAAAUACUGUUUACGAUGCUCAACAUCCCUGCAGUUGCAGUUCUUACUGUCACACUUGGGAUGUAUUUCAGUUUGCACAUGCCUCCUUUAGGCUUCAUUGCAUUCAAAGUAAUCUGGUCCUUCAUGAUAACACCCUGGAAGUUAAUGAUAAAUUGGGCCCUAAUCUUCUUGGGGAACCUCCAAAUAUUAGUGCAACUCUACCUGAGAUGGGUCCCGAGGAUGAUGAAGAAAGCGCCUCUGGUGACCUUCCCGCUGUGAAGAUAUAUGAUGAUGAUAUAAACAUGAGGUUUCUUGUCUGUAGAGUGGCAAGUUCAUUGGUAACUGAAUCGACACCUUUUAGUUUGUCUUUCUUGUGCUCUUCUCCAUAAGUAUUUUUUUAACAAUUCAAUGUACCCUUGGAUAUUCUGCAAUGGGAUGACUUCCUUUUCAGGAUGCUUUCUUAUUGGGGUCUGUGGAGGAUGGCCUCAAUGCACUAUUGGUUGGUUUGUGUGUGUGUUUCACGUUCUUCGACUAUGCCAUGUGAUCUUUCGUAGCUUUCUUGAUUGACUUCCGACAAAAGCUGCAGGUACAAAUUCAUCAAUCCACACGUCAAACUGCCGGAAUUUGACAUCAAUUCGCCAGAGAGUUUUGAUAUUCCUUUUUACUGGUGUGGAAAAGGAAUAACCAUGAGUAAUGUUCAUAAUAGCAUGGAGACUGUAAAUGCUGCGGCAACUGCCAUAAUUACUGCUGAAUCCAGAGUUCAACCAUCUACACGAUAGGUAUAUAUAGAUAUAUUUUUGGAUGUGCUUGUGUGUAGAGGUUUUCAUUUUGCUUCGCUUAUUGCCUGGUUGAUGUGAUCUUUCUCGAUUCGUACGAGUCUUAUUUUUUUUACUGUUAAAAUGAAAUUGAUGUGGUUUGCCUGUUGAGUUUCUUAUUCGGGUUGUUGAAUUUGAAGCUUCCUUUUUUACUAUUUUUAUUUUUAUCGAAGGAAGAGGGAGGGAAAAGAGAUUGGAGCUUUGAUUUUUCAAUACAAUUCAUUAUGUUGUGGGAGAAUUUUGGUAAAAUCCAGACGACAUUAUAAAAAUUCAAGAGAUACUGUUUUGUAAACUAAAUUCAAUUUUUUAAAGCUAAAUUUGACCUUGAAUUGAGAUUUGAAAGAAUGAACUUUUGAAUUAUAUGCAUAAUUAAGCUUGGACAGAAGUUUUUUGUUUCAGAGAAAACAAUUUUUCUUAGUUGACUGUAUUUGUAGAAUUUUCAAUUGAAGUGCAUAUAGAGAUUGGGUCAAUGUAAUCCUUCUUCAUCAAUUUAAUCAUCGAAGCCAGUUCUUUUCUUUUAGAUUUCACCUUUGGUUGAGAAUAAGCUGUGGUUUCAAAUCUGUUUUGUCAUUUAACUCUGACAAAUAACUCUUAAGCUUGGAUAGAAUAAAAUUACAAAUGAUUUAUAGCAUGUUUGGGAAGUGUGUAUAUUGUUGAAAUUAUAAAUAUAUAGAAUAAGUGUUGGAUAAGAGGGUAGUACUUGUGGGCUCUAGAAAAUAUGUACGUGGAUAUAAAGUAGUUUAGUGUUUAUAAAAAAUGAGUCAAACAUAGGCUUAAAAUAGGGAUGUUAAUAGGCUGAAACCAGCUCAUCUAGGCCCACUGCAUAAGCUGGCUCGUGCUACUAUGGGGUGAGCCAAGCACGAGCCAGCUCAUUUUAAAAUUUUAUGGCCGCCUAGCUCCUUCAAAUGUGCUUACUUUUCUAUAGUGCUAGCUUGAAAUCUACCUGAGAAUAUGUUCUUGAUGGUUUUGCAUCCAUGCCUGUGAUUGUAAUUCUGGUGAAAGUUUUAGAGGAAAGAGAGUUGUAGUUGUGGGAUGUGGAAAUUCAGGCAUGGAAGUGUCUCUUGAUCUUUGCAACCAUGAUGCAAAACCUACAAUGGUUGUUUGGAGCUCGGUGAGUAAUUUACACGACACAUAACAGGCACUUUCAUUCAUCCAUUUUCUUUCAAGAAAAUUGAGUUCCAUAUUUAGAUUCUAAUGUGGUUUAUGGGUUUUCGUUUUCAGGUUCAUGUAUUGUCAAUGGUUCUUACUUAUUUUUCUUUACUUUUCUUCUCGAUUAUAAUUGGUACAAAUGUCUAAAAUGUGGUAUCUAUCUUUAUCUCCUUUUUUUUAUAGGCUAGGACCGAUAUUUAAGAUACAGCUCAUGUCGAAGAUUGCUGAGAAGAAAAUUAAGGAAGCCGAUAAGGUGGUUUCACUCACUGCUUAGUUGGUGGGGCUUUUUUUUUUUUUUUUUUUUUUUUGAGAAAACGUAUUGGAUUUUUAAGCGUUUUAGAAUUUUGGAUUUGGAUUUUGUACAAAUAUUGUUACAUUUUAGAGUUCAAUUAAUAAUGAUUAUUGGAGUUAUUUGAUAAA